UGGCCCACGGGGGCUCCGUCUGCCGCGCGGGGGCCGCGGAGGUGCGGCGGCCUCUCGGCGGCCGCGCGCACGCGCGCGGCAGAGCGCGCCUGGGCGCCCGCGGAGGAGAUGCCGCCCGCGCGAGGCCUCUCGGCGCGCGCGCGGUGCCAGUAAGCAGGCCGCCGCGGCAGCCAGGGGCAUGGGCGACGCCGCUGGGGGGAAGCCCGGCGCUGCGGCGGAAUGCGCCGGCGGCCGCUGCGCGGGCACCGGCGAGGGCGGCGGCGGCGGCGGCGGGGGCCGCGUGCUGGUGUUCCGCGGCUGGGGCGAGGACAAGCCCGGCAUCGCGGGGGCCUUCAUGGCGGUGGUCGCGCGGCACCAGUGCAGGCCGCUGGACAUGACGCAGUUCCUGCUCGAGGGCACGCUGAUGUUCACGUUCGUGCUGAAGGUGCUGGAGAACGCCGAGGGCCUCAUGCGGGACGUGGCGGCGUGCGCCGACGAGAGAGGGUUGCAGCUGGACUUCCACUUCGCGGAGGCGGACCAGCUGGAGGCUCGCGACGCGGGCGGCGACAACGAGGUGGCGAUAUCCGUGGUGUCCCCGGAGCCCAUCUCGCCCGCGCUGCUCUACGACCUGGACGGCGUGCUGCUGGAGCACGGCUGCGCCGUGCACCAGAUCAACCACCGCAGCGACAACAAGCGGGACAACAACGGGGAGUACAACAAGGUGUCGAUGCGCGUGAGCUGCCCCCGCGGGCUCAAGCUGACCUCCCUCAUCAUGGGCGCGCCCCUGGGCGGUGGCGCCGCCCGCAGCGGGCUCCAGAGGGUCGCCUGGGACCACGGUGCGGAGGUGACCGCCCGGUGGUGGGACGCCAUGAACCGGCCCAACGGGAAGUCGCUGGUGGUGUUCGGCUUCUCGCACGUGCUCUGCCCGUACGACGUCCUCGACGAGCUGCUCAGGAUCGCAGGCGUGGACGUCGAGGAGGCCCUCGCGGGAGCCCCCGGAGAGCCCGCGGGCCUCAACCAGAGGAAGGUGUCGCUGCUGCAGGGGAAGCCCGCGGAGCUGCUCUCGCAGGUUAAUCCGAGGCUCACGCCGGGCGCGGAGCUCGUGUGCUGGACGCUAAAGCGCAUGGGCUUCACCCUGGCCAUCCUCACGAACACCGGCUGCCGGUCCGUCGUCGAGAGCGUCAAGAGGCGCUUGGGCAUCGACUACGUCAUCUGCCGGGACCUGGAGGUGGCCGAGGGCCGCUUCACCGGUCGGUACGCCGGCGAGCUCACCGACGUGCUUUUCCGGAAGUCGGACGUCCUGAAACUCAUGGCAGAUCGAGAAAAGAUCGAGUACAAGAAUGUCAUCGCCGUUGGCGAGCCGCUGAAGGGCCUGAAGGCUGCCAACGCCCGACUCGUCAUGGAGACCUUCGGCCCCAUGGUGUACUUCAACUCCCAGAAACAGCGGGACCUCACGGUGGCCCUCUACUUGCUCGGCUUCAACGGCACGGACGUGGCUGCACUGCGGCGGGAGCGGCGGGAGGAGAAAGCCAGUGCCUUCGCGCCACCGCCUCGAAGCGCCUUCACCCUCUUCGUCGUCAAGGUGACCUCGCGGCUGCGCGAGCCUGGGCAGCUGCGCCGGAUCUUGGAGCCGCUGGCGAAGCCGCAGGGGCAGUCCCCGCCCCAGGUCGAGGUGGCGCUCGUGAAGCAGUGCAGCCUGCAGGACGGCGGCAUCUGCCUGGGGCUGCACCUGCGCAUGCAGGCCGCCGACCCCGAGCAGGCGAUGGCGUGCUUCUCCCGCGAGUGCAAGGAGAAGGGCUUCCAAGUCCAGCACAUCGAGCACAGGACUGCCAGCACCACCGAAAUGCUUUGGCGGCACUACUUCCAGAGCCGGCACAUCAUCACCAUGGUGCAGAUGCCGCACAUUUCCAGCGCCACCCUCCGCGGCGUCCUGCAGGCCAUGGCGGCCCACGACGUGAACUGCGUGCGAAUCGACAAGCUGAGCACGCACGACCUCGUCGCGCUGCAGCUGACCGUCAACCUGCCAGGCGGCCUGGAGGUCGGCCUGCUCCGGAGGGCCCUGGCGGAGGUCUCCAACGAGCACGGAGGGGACAUCGCCUUCCAGAAGGACGGCAUGGAGCGCUGGAUGCGGCGCCUGGUCGUCUUCGACAUCGAGAGCCUCAUCGAGCAGGAGGUGAUGGACUCGAUCGCCAAGUGCGCGGGGGUCGAGGAGGAGACCAGGGCCAUCACGGAGAGAGCACAGCGCGGGGAGCUCAACUUCUUCGACGCCCUGAAGGCCAGCGUGGAGCUGCUGAGGGGCCGCCCCGCGGAGCCGCUGUUCCGCCAGGUGCGGGCGGGGCUCACCUUCACGCCCGGAGCCCGAAGGCUGUGCAGCACGCUCAAGAGGCUGGGGUACAAGAUCGCGGUCGUCUCUGGCAGCUUCCAGCCGCUCGUGCAGGAGGUGCAGGGGCAGCUCGGGCUCGACUACGCCUUCGCGAACACCCUGGAGGUCGACGAGACGACCGGAUGCCUCACCGGCGCCACCUCCGGCCCCGUGGUCACGCCGCAGCGGAAGCGCGCCCUGCUGGCGACGAUCGCGAACGUGGAGGGCUGCGAGGUGUCGCAGACGAUUGCCGUCGGGGAGAGCGCCAAGGACAUCCCGAUGCUGAACGCCGCCGGGCUGGGCAUCGCCUUCUGCGCGAAGCCCAAGGUGCAGGCCGCCACCGAGCUCCGCAUCAACCAGCGGGACCUGAGCACCGUGCUCUUCCUGCUGGGGGUCUCCGAGUACACGGCGGAGCGCCUCGCCGCCCAGGAGGAGUAGACGCCGCCGCGCGGCCUCCGCCGCCCGCGCGCGUGCCAUGCGCGACGCCCGCAGCGCGGGCCGCGGCGCCACGCGCACCUGGGCGCGCUUGGGAGAAGGGCCUCGCCUUCGAGGG